AUGGCGACCCCCGUACCCCGUUCUUUGAGGGGUGCUCUCCUUCCCCCCUUCUUCCCUCUGUCGCCUCUGCUGCUGUUGUCGACCUCCUUGGUGCUGAGAAGGUCGGGACUGCGUCUGCUUCGAGCGGGCGCCGCAGCGGCAAGGGUAAAGGGGGCAAGGGCGGUGGCGGUGACAGCGGGGGAGGCGGUGGUGGGGGAGGUGGUGGCGGUGGGGGUGGUGGCGCAACUGGAGGGGCUAGUGGCAGCGGUGGGGGUGGUGGCGGCAGCGGUGGGGGAGGUGGCAGGGGCGGAGGCGGUGGUGGGGGUGGCGGUGGAUGCGGCGGCGGCAAGGGUUGGGGUGGUUGAGGAGGUGGCGGCGGCGGUGGUGGUCGUGGAGGCGCUGGCGGUGGCCAGGCCGUGUGGGGGACCGCACGCCACACAGCGCUGCUUCGCUCGUCUCAACGACGCUUGGCGUGUUCAGUUCCCUCAGGCCACUGAGCUGCCCCGCUGGGUUGAUCUCCUGAAGAAGGGGAUUGAUAUCUAUGCUCUAGACUUUGAUGCUAUUCUCACUGCUAUGUAUGUGAUAUCUACUAGUGGAGAGGGUGGUGAGUACCUGUGUGUGCCGCCCGACCCGGGCAUUAGGACUAGUGCGUCUGCCGCUCCAGGUGCUGGUGAGGCAGCUGCUCUAGGUGCUUCUGCGUCUGCCCCACUUGGUACUGAGUUGACGGCAGCACUGCACACCUUCACACUGGACUCAGGUGCUUCUCGCUGCUUCUUUCGUGACCGCACUGCCCUUGAGCCACUUGCUCGGCCAGUUGCUGUCUCCCUCGCUGACCCCUCUGGGGGUCCGGUCAUUGCGACCUCCUCCACUGUCCUUCCCUGUCCUGCGGUCCCGUCGGGCACACUGUCAAGUCUCCACCUCCCCUCGUUCUCUACGAACUUGGUGGCAGGUUGUGCACUCCAGGACGGGGGUGUUCACCAGUUCACCCCUGCCUACGAGCGUGUGACACACUACACGUGUGCUCGUACGGGCCACCACUUAGCUACCUUCACUCGGCAGCCGGGGUCGGACCUGUACACACUGACCACUGGAUCCCCUCAGGUCGCUGCGUCUGCGUCUGCGUCCGCGUCAGGUCUGCUGUCUGACCCCUGCUCGUGUCGCUCUCUGGCGCACGAGACUGUCCUGUGGCACCACCGACUUGGCCACCCGUCUGUGCAGCGCCUUCGUGCCAUGCACUCCUGGUACCUUGUCUCUGGUCUUCCCAGGGUCCUCCCUCCCCUCCCACCCUCGCCUGCUCCUCCCUUUCUUCCUUGUGUCAAGGGGCGGCAACGCGCCGCUCCUCACUCCUCGUUUCCCCCGACGACUGCUCCCUUGCAGACGCUCCACAUGGACGUGUGGGGCCCAGCCCGCGUCCGUGGUCAGGGUCAGGAGAGGUACUUCCUGAUAGUUGUUGACGACUACUCGCGCUACACCACGGUCUUCCCCUUGCGCACCAAGGGUGAGGUCCCUGGUGUCUUGAUCCCUUGGAUCCGUAGAGCCCGUCUCCAGCUCAGCGAGCGUUUCCGCUCGGACUUUCCUGUCCUGCGCUUGCACUCUGACAGAGGUGGUGAGUUCUCCUCCGACCUCUUGGCAGCCUACUGUGCUGAGCACGGCAUUGAGCAGUCGUUCACGCUUCCGGCCUCUCCACAGCAGAAUGGGGUUGCGGAGCGCCGCAUUGGCCUGGUCAUGGAGGUCGCCCGUACCUCCUUGAUCCAUGCGGCUGCCCCCCACUUUCUGUGGCCGUUUGCGGUCCGGUACGCUGCGCAUCAGCUCAACCUCUGGCCCCGUGUCUCCUUGCCGAAGACCUCGCCCACACUUCUGUGGACGGGGGAGGUUGGCGAUGCGUCACGUUUCCGGGUCUGGGGAUCUCGAGCUUUUGUGCGCGAUACGUCUGCGGACACGCUCUCCUCCCGUGCUGUUCCCUGCGUCUUCCUCGGCUUUGUCCCGCACGCGCCUGGUUGGCAGCUUUACCACGCCACCUCGCGCCGAGUCUUGCCCUCUCAGGACGUCACUUUUGACGAGUCCGUCCCCUACUACCGCCUCUUCCCCUACCGCACUGCCCCGCUCCCCCCCCCCCGCCUCUCUUCCUCGCGCCAUGUGCUGCUGUCGUAG